CAAUGACAAAAAUGCACAAACUGUGUAUGAUUCCCAAACCCUCGUAAAUAACAAACUACUCCUUAGCAAUUUUGGAAGAGAAUUUCGCUAGGGUUUAAUAUCCCCCAUUUCUAGGCUAUCUUCUUCUCCAUUUCCUGCACAGGACACCUGAACCCCUGCUCCUUCUCUCUCGAAUCCAUCCCCGUAUCGAAACCAGCCAAUCCGAAUCUUCAUCGAAUCCCCUUUCUUCGAAGCUAUUACUUUCCUGUAUCAUGGAUAUUGAAGAGGAGAUUAAGGCUCUCCAACUUGACUCCUCUGCAGAAGAUAUUGUUACUGGUAAUGCUAAUGGCGAAGAAGAUGCUAAGCCAAACGAUGUUGUUAAACCUGAUGAAAAAGAUGAAGGUUCGAAAGAUGUGGCAAAUGCAAAUGCUCCCCCCCCAGCUGGUGUUGAGCUGAAAGGCACCUCAGCAGUGAAAGAAAAAGAAACGCCUGCACCUGAAGUUGUUGAAGAUGAGGUGGAAGAGAGCCAAAAGCGACAUUUGAAUGUUGUGUUUAUUGGUCAUGUUGAUGCUGGCAAGUCAACUACAGGGGGACAGAUAUUGUUUUUAAGCGGUCAAGUUGAUGAUCGAACUAUUCAGAAAUAUGAAAAAGAGGCAAAGGACAAAAGCAGAGAGAGUUGGUAUAUGGCUUAUAUUAUGGAUACAAAUGAAGAAGAGAGGGUCAAGGGAAAAACAGUUGAGGUUGGACGUGCACAUUUUGAAACAGCGACGACUAGAUUUACGAUUCUGGAUGCUCCGGGUCAUAAAAGUUAUGUCCCCAACAUGAUUAGUGGAGCAUCUCAAGCUGAUAUAGGAGUGCUGGUAAUAUCUGCUCGAAAGGGUGAAUUUGAAACUGGAUAUGAGAAAGGUGGACAGACGCGCGAACAUGUCCAGCUUGCAAAGACUCUUGGAGUCUCUAAGCUACUUGUUGUUGUAAAUAAAAUGGAUGAGCCUACUGUUAACUGGUCAAAAGAAAGAUAUGAUGAGAUUGAGACAAAAAUGCUUCCUUUCCUGAGAUCUUCAGGUUAUAAUGUCAAGAAAGAUGUACAGUUUCUCCCGAUUUCCGGGCUUGUGGGUUCAAAUAUGAAGACAAGAAUAGACAAAAGUAUAUGCCCUUGGUGGAAUGGCCCUUGCCUUUUUGAAGCUCUUGAUGCUGUUGAAGUUCCUGCACGCGAUCCCAAAGGUCCAUUUAGAAUGCCUAUUAUUGACAAAUUCAAAGACAUGGGAACGGUGGUAAUGGGCAAAGUUGAAUCUGGUAGCAUCCGUGAAGGGGAUAAUUUGUUGGUCAUGCCAAACAAGGCUCAGGUGAAAGUUGUUGCCAUCUUCUGUGAUGAAGAUAAAGCUAGGCGUGCUGGACCUGGUGAAAAUUUGCGGGUGAGGAUAUCAGGGGUUGAGGAAGAGGAAGUGUCAGCAGGGUUUGUUUUGAGCAGCGUUGGUAAGUUCCUCGUACAUUAUCUCUCAUAUUCAGAGAAAAUCAUCUUGGAUUUUGAAAAUGUAGUCUUCUUCAGUGACACAGCGAAUCAAAUUCUACUUUAGU